AUGGCAGCACUACAGCGGACGGUGAUGGCAUAUGGGGCGCGUGCCCCGAAUGUUGUCGCCUCUGUGGGGUUGGGAGCGGCAUCCCUCCUACCGUUGGUAGAAGUUGUUCCCUAUGGGGUCCUCGGGGUGCAGCUUGACGCUUCCCACCGGUUCAUGCGAGCUUCGUCAGAGCCAGAUGCAGACACGGUUGUGGUUGACCCAGCUGGGCUGCGGUUCAUUCAGGACCUUGGGCCAGCAGGCGCUGGGGGAGCGUCGGGUGCCAUUUACUCGUGGCUAAAGAUUGGCUUGGAGGCACGGUUUCCACAUGAAGUGAGGCACGCAGUUCGCAAAGAAGGCGAUGCUAAGUUACAUUCAUAUGGGUCAAAGCAGGUUAUCCAUGUCGUGGGGCCGAACUUAAAUGAGAUAUCUGUGGCCACAGCUGCUACGCGCGCGGCUGCUGUGCAGCAGUUGACCACUGCCUAUAUGCACAUUCUGGAGCAGUUUCUCUCCUCGGAAGCAAGACAUCUUCGAUUGCUUCCGGUUUCAAGUGGAAUUUUCGCAGGACCAUUCCAGCAUGACUUACCUGAGAUGACAUUUGCUUCUCUGGAUAGCGCAUUUCGAUCCUUGCCUGUGGAGAGUCAAAGACGGCUGCUGCGCCUUGGCGUAAAGCUGUGCAUCUUCGACCAGCAGCAAUUUCACAAGUUUCUUGCUGCAUGUCCAACAUGUGCACGCAGUGCACGCAAUGAGGGAUGA